CCCAGUAGUUCAUCUUCACACCUAUAUGCAUACCCCACAACUCUCAUCUGUUUAUUCCAAUCAAUCAUCGUGCACCACUAUGAAUCCCCAUUGGAUCAAACCCAGCUCACCCCCCCCAAAAACAAGUCCUUUACACAUCCUCUUCUUAUUCUUCAUUUUUUUAUUCUUUAAAACCCACAAAUUCAAGUAUUCAGAAAACCAACCACCAAUUUCUGUCUCUCUGUAAAAAGAAACUCUGAACCUGGUUCUACUGAAACUUUCGUUUUGUUGCUGUUUGUUUAAUCCACACAAGUCUUUUUCUUUCGGAUCUGCCGGUGUGUGUUCUCAAGUUUUGUGCCGUCACUCUUUGCCUUACUUUCCGGUUUCUAGAUGCGCGCGCACACAAAAAAACAAGCACCACCCGAUCACCCAAAUGCCUUAAACAAAUCCAAUUUUUAAGAUCAAAUUAAACAAUUGAUCAUCCAUUUUCAAGACCUUUGACGACCCAAUAAUUCUUCCCAACUUUCUCCACAAAGUGAAUCUUUGCUUUGUCAUCACACUCCUUAAUUUGAUCUACUUGAUAUCUUUUUGUCACUAUAAAUAGUCGGAUAUAAUAUGCUACAAGAUCAUCAGCUAGUCCAAGUGUCGAACACCUUAGCUACUCACUCUUAGAUCCAUAAAUUCUCCUAGAAAUUCAAUUUUUAUGACAAUUUCUUCAUCUGGGUAGUUUUAUUUAUACUUCUAGAUUAGAAAUUCGCAGCUUGUUUGUGUUUGUGUUUGAUUUCCAUCAAUGGCGGCUGUGAAAUCGUCAUCUUCAUCGGUAUCAAACCCAGUUUCUGAUCAAUGUUCUGACCAAGAAAGCAGCAACAAAUCUGAGCCAUUAAUUCCUGGGUUACCGGACGAGAUUGCCGAGCUCUGCCUUCUUUACCUUCCCUACCCCUACCAAGCUCUGGUGCGUUCGGUCUCUGCUUCGUGGAACAGAGCCAUCACAGACUCUAGCUUCGUUCGCUGCAAGAAAUCUCUGUCUCUUCCGCUGCCUUAUCUUUUCGUCUUUGCCUUCAACAAAGUGACGUCCAGGAUUCAGUGGCAGGCGCUGGACACUCGAUCGGGCCGUUGGUUUGUUUUACCUCCCAUGCCGUGCCCCAAGGCCGCGUGCCCACCGGGCUUCGCAUGCACAUCGCUGCCACGUCAGGGGAAGCUCGUCGUCUUGGGCGGCGUGCGGUCAGACUCAGAAUGUUCUACGCGCACCACCAUCGUGUACCGUACAUCUACAAAUCAAUGGUCAAUUGCCGCUCCAAUGCGGACCCCACGAUCAUUUUUUGACGCGGGAAAUAUCAAUGGUAAGAUCUUGGCGGUUGGCGGUGGUGUGGCCCGCAAUGGUGAUUUGAUUAGGGCCGUAGACUGUUACGACCUUGAAAAUGACACGUGGGCGGCGGCUGCUCCGCUGCCCACGAGUCUAGCCAAGUACGACUCCAAUGUGGUGGGAAACAAAAUGUAUGUCACGGAGGGGUGGAUGUGGCCGUUUAUGCUUUCGCCACGUGGCGUGGUCUAUGACCCGAACGAGGACACUUGGCAGGAGAUGAGGCAGGGGAUGAGGGACGGGUGGACGGGGGUUAGCGUGGUGGUGGGUGAGAGGUUGUUGGUCAUAUCGGAGUACGGGGAUUGUCCGAUGAAGGUGUACGAUCCGGAUGAGGACACAUGGCGGUAUGUGAGUGGGGACAAGUUCCCAUGUGAUGCACUGAGACGGCCUUUUGCUGCGAGCGGGGUGGAAGGGAACAUAUAUGUGGUCGCAUGUGGGUUGAAUGUGGGAAUAGGAAGGCUGUCUGAUUGUGGAGGAGGAAAGGGUGAGCUAAAAGUUGAGUGGCAGGUUGUGCCAGCUCCAAGUGCUUUUAGGGGCUUCUCUCCUUCUAGUUGUCAAGUGCUUUAUGCCUAAAAUAAUUGAGUUUGAUCAAUUAUCGUUUAUAUCUGUUUUUGGCCUCGUUAGGCAAUUUUACAACCCAACAUGUUUUAUAUUGUUUCCAUAAUAAUAUUCUACAGCUAGGCUCAA